AGUGGGAAAGAGGGUUGAAACCUAAAAGUGGGCAUAGUUGGAUAUGUCUCGGCCCCAAAUUAAACAAACUACAUGGCCAACAGAUUCUAUUUAAGUCUCAGCUCAGCCCAGAACAUCCUCCCCCCCCCCAUUCCAGCCUCGGGGGAGGGAGUCCUUAAUAAUGGCCUCUGUAAACUGAUGCUCAGGCAAAAACAGUGUGGAGAAGUGCAGCUCGCAGUCAUCAAACAGAGGGACGCUCAGUAUAAUGAAAGGCAGCCACUGACGUGCAGCUGAAGUUUGCUCAGCUCUUUUUUUAAAAAACAGAACAAAAUAUGUCUCUCCUCGCCAAAAUUUUGCAAACUGGCUACAAACAGGUGCUUCAGCAGGAAAGGAGCGGCGGUUCUGAGGUGGUUUUGGUCAGCCUGUUUCACCAGCUGCCCAGGCUUCCAGGCCACCCGUCCCUGGAGGGGCAGAAUAACGCUGCUGCAACAGCACAGGACAAAGAAGGAAAGGAGAUGGUGGCAGAUGCCGAAGGCGCUACGGAACUCCUCCAACUCCGCCAGCACCCGAGACACCAGCGGGUCAAGAGCCUGAAAGAAAUGCCGGGACCGAACUUCUUCUCCAAUCUGCUGGAGUUUUUCUGGAAGGAUGGAUUUGGACGCAUUCAUGAAAUCCAGCAAAAGCAUGCUCAAGAAUAUGGAAAAAUUUUCAAGUCUCAUUUUGGUCCCCAACUAGUUGUAUCCAUUGCAGAUCGAGACAUGGUGGCCCAUGUUCUCCGGGAAGAAGGAUCUGCGCCACAAAGAGCUAAUAUGGAAUCCUGGCAGGAAUACAGAGAUCUACGAGGAAGAGCGACAGGACUUAUAUCUGCAGAGGGAGAACAGUGGCUAAAAAUGAGACGCGUGCUAAGGCAAAAAAUGGUAAAACCCAAAGAUGUUGCUAUAUUCUCUGGAGGACUUAAUGAAGUCAUUACAGAUUUAAUUAAGAGAAUCCACAUUCUCAAAAAUCAAGAAGAAGAUGGGGAAACGGUGACAAAUAUUAACAGCCUUUUUUUCAAGUAUUCAAUGGAAGGAGUGGCAACUAUCCUGUAUGAAUGUCGCUUGGGGUGCCUAGAAAAUCACAUCCCCCAAAACACAGUGGAAUAUAUUGAAGCUUUGGAGUUGAUGUUCAGCAGUUUUAAAACUACCAUGUAUGUAGGAGCUAUUCCUAAAUGGCUUCGUCCAAUCAUUCCAAAACCUUGGAGAGAAUUCUGUAGAUCCUGGGAUGGUCUCUUUAAAUUCAGUCAGAUACAUGUUGACAAUAAAUUAAAAGACAUAAAGUCUUUUUUAGACCAAGGAAAAGAGGUUGACGGUGGACUUCUCACAACUCUGCUUAAGAGUAAAGAGCUCACGGUGGAAGAAAUCUAUGCCAAUGUGACUGAAAUGCUUUUGGCAGGGGUUGAUACAACUUCCUUCACUUUAUCCUGGGCAAUAUAUCUAUUAGCAAAGUACCCAGAAAUACAGAAUUCUGCGUAUAAAGAGAUAAUCAGUAAGUUGGAUAAAGAUAAAAUUCCUGAUGCCGAUGAUAUCCCUAACUUGCCAAUGAUUAGAGCCCUUCUCAAAGAAACCUUAAGGUUAUUUCCAGUAUUACCAGGAAAUGGCAGAGUAACCCAGAAAGAUUUGAUUGUUGGAGGAUACUUGAUACCUAAAGGGACCCAGCUGGCACUCUGUCAUUAUGCUACAUCAUAUCAGGAAGAGAAUUUUCCAUCGGCACAUGAGUUCCAACCUGAGCGCUGGCUAAGGAAAAGCAAUAUGGACAGGGUAGAUAAUUUUGGUUCUAUCCCCUUUGGUUAUGGUAUUCGGAGCUGUAUAGGAAAGCGAAUUGCUGAACUGGAAAUUCACCUGGCAUUAAUACAGCUGCUUCAAAAUUUUGAAAUAAAAAUUUCUUCCAAAACCAAAUCUGUUCAUGCCAAAACCCAUGGAUUAUUGACUCCAGCAGAUUCCAUUAAUGUGAAAUUUGUUGACAGGAAAUGAAAACAGAACCUUCAGAAAGUACUACACUCCAUAGCCUGACCAGUAACUGAAAGGUGUAGAUUCUCUUAAUCUAUCAUGGAAUUUCUGAAAAAUCACAUCAGACUUUACAGGCCCACCUAGAGGUCUAUACUUCUGGUAGAGUGUAAUACCUAUUAAUAUGGAACUUUAUGGAAGUACAAGCAAAAUUCUUUUUUUUCUGCUACAUGACUAUAUUGCCUUGAGAAACAUUAAAGGUAAUGUGUCAAAUCCUUUUAAAAGAACAUUUUAUUAUAUUUUUUCCUUUAUGAUUCUGUUGGAAGGAUCAAGACAUUCACCAAAACAAUCUCAAUUCUAUUAGUCAACCUAUGAUCAGCUUCCUGUCUUUUUUAAAGUGCUUUUUUGGAAUGUAUAUGGUGGCUGUGGUUCUUUUUCAGAUCAUUGGAAAAUAAAUUUACUAGUUCAUCAAAAAUUAGGGAAAUUGCUCAAAUACAAAAAUAUUUUAAAGGAAACAUUUAUCGAAACUGCAGCUUCAGCUCUUAUGGAAUCAAAAGUUCAAAUUCUGUUUCCUUAAAGCUUUUCAAACAAAGUUAAAUGAUGAAUAUAUUCUAAAACAGUAGUCAAGUUAACUUGCUAGAGCUAAAGUAACAGAGAGUAUUGUGAUACUAACAAAGUUUUGGUUUCAUAAACUUUCAUGAAUCAGAAUAUGUGAUGAAGCGGUCUCUGAGUUAUGAAAGCUUUAUGUAACAGUACAUUUGUUAUUAUUUAAGGAACCACAAGACCCUUUAGUUUUUAAAGGGAAUGUAAAGUUUAUGUAAAAUUAAGUCAAAUAGAGAAUAAAUGUAUUCAUUUUUAUUUACAUUUAGUAUGCAUAUCAGUUUAUUUUUAAAGGAAAGGUUUUACUUAGUAGGCUUGUUUUAAUUGCAGUGGUAUACAGUUGCUCAUUUUUACAUAAAACUUUAUGGUUUGUAUGGACUACUGUCCCCUUCAGUGUAGCUGUGUAAAUGUCCCAGUAUCUCUGUGUACUUGAGAAUUAUGCACUUUGUUGUAGUUCUUUAUCUAAACAAUUAUAUAUCAUCAAAUAAGACUAGAGGAGAAGUUAGUGUGAGAUUUUGACGGUUUCAGGAGUAGAAGGCAGUGCUGUGACAUUUAUCUGGAAAUGCUUAUUUAGGGGAAUGCCUAAUUAUAAAACUUUUUUAUGCUUUUAGAGUUGAAAAAUCACAUUGAUAAUGGGCAUUAUUACAUUGCAGUUGUAGACUUUAAAAUAUCUACACUACAUUUUUGGGCACCUGGUACUACCAGUCCCAAUUUUGCACUAAUUUUCCUUAUAUGUGAGAAGGAUGAUGUCUAGCUUUCUCAGGAAAUCUUUUCUAUGUCUCUGGGUACCAUCCACAAGAAAACAUUCAGCAGAACACUUACAUUUGUUUUCAGUUGACAGGAUUGCUUCCAGCAUGUUCCCCGAACCUGCUCAAGGAGGGAUCAGAGAUCUAAGCUCUGAUUCUGAGCUGGAAUCCCUUGGGGAUCUUUGUUUUUGAUGGUUUCAAUAACACAGGACUGGUUUUUGAAAUGUUUAAUUCUGAUUUUUUUUUACUGCCAAUAUUUUGUAAGUUAAUGUUUCAUACCAUAUACAAAGGAAUUAAAGUAUAAACAUUUUAAUAAUUUCUUACUAUUGAAAAAAUACACUUUUAAUUACUUUGGUAAAUGUUUCUAUUUGUGCCUUAGUCAAAAUAAAAUAUUUAUAUUUCAA